AUGUCGAGCUGCUCCGACGAUUCAUUGGAUUCACUUUUUCAUUACGAGCCGAGCCGCGUAGAUGCCGAGGCGAGAGGUACGGCGGAAUCCUCCGAGGCGUCUGUUUCGCCGAGCCCCUCCAAUCGCUCAUCUGACGAAGCGUCAAACCAGGCAAGCCCAUCAGAUGUUGGCUCUCCGGAUGGCGAGCCGUCGGUUUCGACGAGCCAUCCCCAGGAUCCCGUUCCUGAUGAGGAAAUUAACCGCGCCGCACUCAAGGCCAAGGAGGAGGCAUUUCCCUUUGACCUUUUCGAGGCAAAGCUUGAAUUGGAACGUCUCAUGGCGUCUCGAGGCGCUUCCACGUCUGGGCGAGGGCCAAGAGUUAAGAGACAAAAACCUGACCCGCCUGGAUCUACACUCUGCUCCCUUGAGUCGCUCGAGGAGUUGAGGCAUCGCUUCGGGAUAUCCGAGGCGGUGGAGUUCGUCGUUCCAGAGAAGAGCGACCGAGCCGACAACCCUCCAGAGAAUCAUUUCACUCUGUACGAGGCGUUCUUCGAGCUUUGCUUCCUCUGGUUCCCGAUCCCCGGAGUGAUCCUCAAAUAUCUCUGGAAGCACGGGAUCUCGAUUGGGCAAAUCAUGCCGAGGGGAUUACGGCAUAUGAUCGGCAUCUUAGUUCGAAGCUUCGAAUGCGGAAUUGAUAUCGAGCUGAAUCACCUGCUGAACUUGCUGGAAGUCAGGAAAGCUCCGAAGGGAAAUAGAUUCUAUAUUUCCAACAAGGCGAAGCGACGGAUCAUCGGCGGUUUUCCCAGCAAGGAUCAGUUUUGGACCGAACGCUUCUUUUACGUCUUGGUGAACGAGGCGUCGAUCGUUCGGUGCUUUCUUCCCCCGAUUCCUGACGACCUCUUUACUGUUCGAGACUCUCUUUCGGCGCGGAAGGUUAAUUGGAGAAAGAACUUCACCCUCAAAAGAGUAGAAAAAGCGCGAGCCAUCCUCGCCGGAGUCCCCGUCAGCUCUUCAUCCUCAAGUUCUUCAAGAGAUACCCGGGAGAAGAUGGUGAUAAUUGCUCUCAGAGAAAGGAAGAGGCGCGAGGAAGAGGAGGCCGCUAGACGAGCUGCCGAGGCGGCUCAUGCGCAAACCGAGGCGGUUCAAGCCGAGGCGGUUUCAGCGCAAGCCGAGGCCGUCCCUCAACCCGACCCGCCGAGCCGGGAAGGGGAUGUAAUGGACCGAGUCGCAGAAGGCAACACUGCCGAGGCGGCUGAAAAAGAUGCAGCGCCCGAGGUGGAACCGGGCGAAAUUAUCCCGAGGUGUCUGGAGAAGGCUCGGCGGCGCGGAUCGACGAGGCCACCGACUUCUGUUGUUCAGAAGCAUGACUCUAGCCGAAAACGUUCGGCUACUGACAAAGGGAAGGGCAUCGCCGUUCAGAAAGACGAGCUGUCCAAGAAGAGGCGGAAGCCGACGCCCGAGGACCCUGCCGCGCGUAAGUUGGUCGUGGACGACCCCGACGCCUCUGCCGUCAUGUUCUCGCGUGUAAAAAACGCGAGCACGUGCCUUCCUCCUCCGGAGAAGCUGAGAAGGCCGAGGUCGUACGGCGCGAUGGCACAGCGCGGUACCAAGUUUGUUGCGGCCAUUAACGACCUGAUGGCCGAAUACGAAGCGGACUUGUCUAAGGUCGAACGUCGCUUAGACGAGGCCCGAGGCGAGACCGCGGCAUCAAAGGCGAAGCUGGAAGAGGCCCAGAACGAGGCCGCGGUGGCGAAGGGGAAAUUCGACAAGGCGAUGUCCAGAGUGUCGAGGCUGGAAGAGGAGAAAAUAGUUCUCCGCGCCAACGUUGACAAAGUUUCCGCCUCGGUGAUUCGCCUGGAGGAGGCAAGAGGAGCCAAAAGCGCCGAGGUGGCAUUGCUGAAGAGGCGUAUCAAGGCCAAGGACGCCUUGUUUGACGUCAAGGUCAAGCGGGCGAAAAAGGAGGCGAGGCGAGAGCUUACGGCGAAGUUUCAGGAACUCCUCGCCAAGGUGGAGGAGGGUUUGGCCAAGCUCGAGAAGGCCAAAAACGACGAGAACGAUCUGGGGCAAAUCAAGGGCAACCUUGCGAUGAUUGCCAUCCUGAAGAGACCAGACGCCCCGACGCUCGAUGAUGAGGAGGCGCAGCUAAAGAGCUGGGAGAGCGAAUAUGCUGACGACGACGUGUAUGAGCGCGUUGCCUUCGAGAUUCAAGGCGAGCUGGUUUUCUCGCCCGUAUUGCCGGAUUCGGUCGACACCAACCUAGGUAACGAGCCGCUCGAAGAGACAGCGGCCAACUUAGGCGUCGUUGAUCCGAACAGAUCGAACGCGGGCACGCCGGUCCUCUCGAACCUCCUUGCCGAGCGUGAAACGCAGUCCGCGGCCUGA